GCAGGCAGGCAGGGGGCGGACGGGCAGGCCUUCGACUCAAGCGGAGGGAAGGAAAAGACGAAAACAUGCCCUUCGCUAGAGACUUAAUUCACCCAUCCUUCAAGGAAGAAAAGAGAAAACAUAAAAAGAAACGCCUGGUGCAGAGCCCAAAUUCCUACUUCAUGGACGUCAAGUGUCCAGGAUGCUACAAGAUCACCACAGUGUUCAGCCAUGCCCAGAUGGUAGUGCCCUGUGUCGGAUGCUCGACUGUUUUGUGCCAGCCAACAGGAGGCAAAGCCAGGCUCACAGAAGGCUGCUCAUUUAGAAGAAAACAACACUGAACUGUUCAUGUGAUGCUGUACAUGCUACCACUGGAAGCCUUAUUUGUCCAACAGUGCUGGUUAAUCUAGCAAGUUAAUUAUGUCCGGGUGGACCUCUUGUCUUAUGUGCAAAUCAUGCGUGUAUGUUUGAGGAUAACUGAACUCUAUUUUUAUAGAUUUUAAUACAUAAUGGAUGCUGAAUGGAUAGGGCUCUUAAUUACAAAAGUAAUUUUCAUACACUUGGUGCAUUUUUCUUUUCAGCGAUGUCAGGUUGCUAUGGUAAAGAAAUGUACUUGAUCGUCUUGCAAAAUCUGUGUUAAGAGUUAAGGAAGAGGAACUUGUAUUUUAAUUCUGCUGAUUUUGCAGCUUUGGGCCCCAGCUUUCUGGGAAUAUCUACUUUGUAAAUCCCCUUUGAAGUGAAUAAAAGCUAUGCAGGUUCAGCUUGUUCCAAAGCCCCCAUUUAUUUCAGCAGAGUUCUGCCUAGAAGAAAUUCCCAUAGAUCUGCUAAUAUGUUCCUGGCUGUUCAAUGAACUGGGCAUCACUUCAAUUUGUCUGCUUGCAUUGUUAUUAGUCUCAAUCAUAAGUUAUGUGAAGAUGCAGACCCUUUAAACUCUCCUGAUUUUUCUUUAUGAAGAGUGGCCACAUGCAAGGUAGAGCGCACAUUUUGCAUGCAGAAGGUCCCAGGUUCAACCUCUAGCAUCUCCAGUUAAUAGGACCAGGUGUCAGGAAAGAGUCUCCACCUGACCAUGGAGAAUCACUACUGGGCUAGAAGGAGAAACAGUCUGACCUGGGAUAAGGCCGCUAAAUUCACAUAUUCUUGAAAUUUCACUUUGGCCUUUGACUAUAUGGCUUCUGCCCUUGGCUAUAUAUUACCACCAUGAACUAUAUUGGGCAGUCAGUGAAACUAUUUGCACUUCACUGACAAUUGCCAGUAGGGUAAAUAAUCACCUACUAUACUAAAAUUUGAGACAGAAAUUCCAGAAAAGAGUUUUAGGUUGUGGAUGGGUCAAAGUGUUGCUGCAUUCCUGAAUGGUUUGACGAAUGAUUUGAGGAAUGGUUUGAAGUAGCAGCUUCAUUGCAAAUGUUCUUGAAUCAGGAGGAUUUGUGUUGCUGUUAUCCUAAUGCUCACAGUCUGUGACUUAUUUUUCAUUUGAUAACAUCCAAAAUGUAUCCAACAUCUGAAUAAAAAAAUAAUAUCUAAAGAAACCACAAUUGAAGCUAUGGCACCUAUUUAAAGGUAAACAGGAUUUCCUUUUAAGUUGGACGAAUCUUAGUUGAUUACUAGUAGAUGUUUCCCUUUCCCCAACUAAAACUGUAUUUUGUGUUUUUUAGAAGUUUGCUUCAGAAUCAAUAAACUGUUUGAUAUGA